AUGAGCCCUUCACCCGCGGAACCUGGUGAAGGUCACACACACUACACGAUCCUAGGCAUCACUCGAAAGCUCCUCCAGGAACAGCCGGUGGAGCCGCAGCAGAUUAUCAAGCGGGCCUACCACCGCGCCCUCCUCCAAAACCACCCUGACAAAUACAAAGGCCAGGCCCCAAGCACAUCAUCAACAUCUCACAACUCUCAAAACAGCAACACCGUCUUCACAAUCGACCAAAUCUCGACGGCCUACAAGAUCCUCUCGGACUCAAAGUCGAAAACAGAGUACGACAGGUCCCUUGACCUCGCGCCUAACAACCAAGGACUCAAGCGUGGCGAGCAGGUCUUCCAGACUGGCAUAGAGAACGUCGACCUCGACGACCUUAAGUUUGACGAGAGCGACGGCCCGGACGCCGAGUGCUGGUACCGUAGCUGCCGGUGUGGAAACCCGCGCGGGUUCCUCUUCACCGAGGCAGACCUAGAGGAGGCGGGCGAGAACGGGGAGCUGCUUGUGGGCUGUCAGGACUGCAGUCUCUGGAUGAAGGUCCACUUCGCUAUAGUCUCGGAAGAUUGA